UAUGGGAGGAGCGGCGCGACUUCCCCACUUCUGCCCCCACUAUGUACUUUUUUUUUUUUUACAUCCCUGCUUACGUUUGGCUGGCAUAGCACAAGUUCCGCAUUCCCAAAUCCUCCCAGAUUGGGAUCACGUUUUAAAUCGGGCUGAUGCAACGAUUUCCACUUUUUAAAAUCUACUCUCGACCCUCGGCUGACCACAAGAAAGGACAGUUUUGGCACCUGGGAUCAAAGUCAGCUGUGGUCACGACCAAGUCUGACACGAUGCCAGGACAAAUUCCAGAUCCCUCGGUGACGGCAGGCUCCCUGCCCAGCCUUGGCCCACUGGCUGGGAUCUCAGCCACCACGCUGACUGACAAGCUCAAAUUCAGUGACUUCCAGGAGUUCAGUACGAUGUUGUCACCGCUGCACUUCCUGGACAGUCUGGGGAAGAGGCCCCUAGUCAUCAAGACAGAGAGAGAUGAAGAGGAUGACAGGAGGAAACGAAGGCGAGAGAAAAACAAAGUGGCUGCAGCUCGAUGUCGAAACAAGAAGAAAGAACGGACCGAUUAUUUACAGAAGGAAUCAGAGAGACUAGAGAUGUUAAACUCUGACCUUAAAGCCCAGAUCGAGGAGCUGAAGAUGGAACGACAGCAGCUGAUCCUCAUGUUGAACCGCCAUCGCCCCACUUGUAUUGUCAGCACUGAUAGCGUCAAAACCCCGGAGAGUGAGGUGAACCCACUGCUGCAGCAGCUGGAGGCCAAGUAAAGUUUACAGCAGAGAAGAAGAAUCGAAAAACAGCACUUAGCUUUGGCCUUUGGUCACGGAGGAGAAACCAGCCGAAUCCUCCAACCUUAAGUCAAAGAGCAUUAUACCAAAAAAAAAAA